CUCCAUUAAUUUCCACACUGAAAACACGAAGCUUCGCCGAAGCAAGCCUUCUCCUCAAACUCCUAUAUUAUUUAAUUAAUCGAAAACCUAACCUAAACCAUACUAGCUAUACUCACCCGUCUCGAGCGGUUUUUGUUCAAGAUAUGUCCAGUACACUAGGGAUUUUCCUCCGAGGUGCGGCUCGAACGUGUUAGGAUCCGCCGCCGCACAACCUAAAGGGGUGGUUGGAAAGAGUAACGCCGCCGCCGCCGUCUGGUGGCGGAAGGUCGGCGCCGCAAAAGGUAAGCUAGGGAGUGGCGGCGAAUGUGAUCGGAUAAUUGUGAAAAAGAACAAGGGUGGCACUAACAAUGGUGGAGGUGAUAGAGCUGAGAUUCAAGAAAUGUUGAAAUUAUUUAGGGAAAGGUUUGAUAAAAUUACUGAAACAAGAGAUGAGAGUGAAAGAGGAAGGGUUGAUAUAAAGGCGAUGAACGAGUUGACAAAAGAAGGGAAAAUAAUCAAACGGUGUUCAUCGAUAAUUGGACCCGUACCCGGUGUUGAAGUCGGGGACAGGUUCCGUUACCGGGUCGAACUCGUCAUCGUUGGUUUACACAAGCAUAACGAACGUGGGAUCGACACGACAACCGACUCAUCCGGGCUUAAAAAGGUUGCCACGUGUGUUGUGGCGAAUUCGGAUCAUUUUGACAAGAUUAAUGACCCGAAUAUCUUGACGUACAUUGGUGAGGGCGGGAAACCACGAGGGAAAACGGUGGGGAACCCGAAUCCGAAAUUGGAUUCGAAGCCGAGUGAUCAAGAGCUCAAGGGUGGGAAUCUUGCGUUGUUGGAGAGUAAGAUGUCGAGUAGUCCAGUUAGGGUUGUUAAAGGGUUUAAAGUUAAUCGGAUGUGUCCUCGUCGUGGACGUACGGUUGAAAGGACUGAGUAUAUAUAUGAUGGGUUGUAUGAGGUGAAAAGUUGUGAGAAGAAGCAAGGGUUGAUGAAGAACUGGAUCUUUGAGUUUGAGUUGUUUAGGUGCCCUGGACAACCUGAUAUUUGUCUGAAAGGUUGUAAGAGAUAAUUAAUGAAGUUUCAUGUUAAUUAA